AUGAUAAAUGUCAAGGGGCCUCAUGGUGGAUCAGUUUUGGGUAGAAGAUACAUCGAACGCGAUAGAAAGGUUUGUCAUAAUUUAAUUAUCAAAGAUUAUUUCAGUGGCGGGGAGUCGAAAUAUCCACCAAGUUAUUUUUGUCGUCGCUAUCGGAUGGAUAUUGAUCUAUUCAAGCGUAUUCUACGUGGAAUUCAUAACCAUGACGACUACUUUACACAAAGGGUUGAUGCUGCUAAGAAGUAUGAUUUGAGUCCUUUGCAAAAGAUGAUGGCCUUAUUGAAAAUGCUUGCAUAUGGUUGUCCAGUUGAUUCUGUUGAUGAGUACAUUCAGAUUGGUGAAAGUACUGUAGUUGAAUGCCUGAAACUCUUUUGUGAUGCUAUAAUUGGUGUUUUCGAGGAGCAAUACUUGAGAAAACCAAACGAAGAUGACAUCAAAAAGUUGCUUAAAGAAGGAAAAGAUCGUGGUUUUCCCGGAAUGCUUGUUAGCCUUGAUUGUAUGCAUUGGCCUUGGAGGAAUUGCCAUGUGGCAUGGCAUGGUACACACACAAAUGGUUUUAAGAAGGUUCCCACUCUAAUUUUAGAGGCAGUGCCAUCCGAAAGUCUGUGGAUAUGGCAUGCAUUCUUUGGCAUGGCUGGUUCAAAUAAUGAUGUUUCUGUUUUAGACAGAUCUCCUUUAUUUGAUGACAUAGUUAAUGGUAUUGCUCCACCGUGUAACUUUGUUGUUCAAGGCCAUCAAUAUGAUAUGGGAUAUUAUUUAUCCGAUGGAAUUUACCCUCAGUAUGCAACUCUACUCCAAACUAUCUCAAGUCCUAAUACCACCAAAGAGAAGUUUUUUGCCAAACGCCAAGAAGUUGUACGUAAAGAUGUGGAACGGGCAUUCGGGAUACUGCAAGCAAGGUGGCAUAUUGUUAAGAGGCCGUCACGUAUGUGGAAUGUAAAAGAUAUUGGGAAGAUUCGGGAUACUUGCAUCAUUUUGCAUAAUAUGAUCAUUGCGCAUGAGCGUCAACAAGGAGUCGACCCUGAAAGUUGGAGGCCACUUCCGGAUGAAAAUGUUGAACCUGUUGUUCCACAGCAUGACUGCGCAUUUUUAGUCGAUAACAUGAUUAAUCGAAUAAGGCAGGUUCGAGACAAGGAAGUGCACAACGAGCUUAAGAUUGAUAUCAUUAACCACUUAUGGGAUCAAUUAGGUGAUUCAGAGACUGUAGGGUUCCUUUAUUUGCAGCGUAGGAGUUGA